AUGGAGAUGAGUAAUGACUCUAUGGUACAUGAGUUUAUUUUAUUAGGACUCACCAGUUCUUGGGAACUUGAGAUUUUCUUCUUUGGGGUCUUCUUCUUGGCCUAUGCAUCAAUAAUGUCAGGAAACAUUCUCAUUGUAGUUAUGGUGAUCUUUGACUCACACCUGCAUUCCACCCCCAUGUAUUUCCUCCUUGCCAACCUUUCCUGUAUUGACAUGACUAUUUCCACUGUCACUGUCCCCAAGAUGAUCACAGAUUUCUUCAGAGAGAGAAAAACCAUUUCCUCAUGGGGUUGUAUGGCACAGAUGUUUCUACUUCACCUCUUAGGAGGCAGUGAGAUGACUCUACUCAUAGUCAUGGCUGUUGAUAGAUACAUUGCAAUAUGUAAACCUCUCCACUACACAUCCCUCAUGAAUCAUUGGUUGCUGGUAGGACUUGUGUUGCUUUCUUGGGUGGUUGGUUUCAUCCAUACCAUCAGCCAGAUGGUUUUUAUUGUGAAUCUACCCUUCUGUGGCCCCAAUGUAAUUGAUAAUGUUUUUUGUGAUAUUCCCCUUGUGAUCAAACUUGCCUGCACUGACACCUACAUCCCUGAUCUACUGGUUGUUGCUUUCAGUGGGCUGCUCUCAUUGAUCUGCUUCAUCCUCUUGCUUGUCUCCUAUACUAUCAUCUUGGUCACUGUCCAACAUCGCUCCUCUGGAGGACUCUCCAAGGCUCUUUCUACAUUGUCUGCUCAUAUCACAGUAGUAACUCUUUUUUUUGGUCCUAUUAUCUUCAUAUAUGCUUGGCCAUUCAGUAACUUUUCAGUGGACAAAUUUCUCUCAAUAUUUUACUCUGUUAUAACUCCCCUUCUAAAUCCAAUCAUCUAUACCUUGAGGAAUCAAGAAAUGAAAGCAGCUUUGAUUAGAUUAAGGAGCAGACACAUCAGCACCAGGCAGAACUUCUAG